AGGCCAAAAAUAAUAAACCACUAAAAGCAAAGCGAUCAAACUAUACGAAUCCAUCAAAAACGGUAACGCCGCACAUAUCGGCGCGAGCUUUUCAGCGCGCUGCCAAGUUCAAUGCGCAAGCGCCAGUGCUACGUCCACGCGCAGCCCGGCAACACGUAUGCGUAUAGAAACAACGAUUGUUUACCGAUUACGAUAUUCACAAUCGAUUCACAACGUAACUUAACACUGGCUGGAUAUUUUUCAGUGACGCUCAAUUUUUUCGUGCGUGAUUCUUUGUGUAUUUUUUUUCGUGUGCAGUGUUGUGUACGCAGUGAUGUGUCGAGUGCUUGGAACUUUACUGUAUUGAGUUUGACAGAUACAUCACAAAGACUGCUCAACCUCCUAGGGGGUUCCAAAUUAAUAAGGUGUAGGAUGAGUUUGCGACGGUGGUAGAGGGCAGGAGGGCGGCCGGAUGUGGCCCCCGCGCGCCCGUCCGCCCGCCGCCUCCGUCACCUAGCGCGCUCGCCGCGCUGCGACUAUGCGCAUGGUCAGCGCCCUGCCCACUCUGCUCGCGGUGAGUCCC